CUUAUUGAAUUUCGUAACACUGAGAAAAACAAUUAUUUCCCCUGCCUAACACAAGUUUUAAUGAUGUGAUUUAAGGUUGAACCUGGUUAAGCCAAGCUUAUCCCCCUACAACAUGAAACUCGGAACAGAAGUUCAGACCAUAUGGUAUUCAUUGCUAAUGAGGUUUAGUCUCGUGGUUUGUCAUUUCAUUUCUCUGCUAGGGUCAAUGUUUCCAGACACUUUAUGUGAGCCGCAAUGAAUUGAAAGGUCAGAGGGUAUUUUCAAUUCUGUCAUAACUCAUACUCAGUGAUGGAUUACGGUACAAUAUUUUUCUAAAGUGGGUAAAAUUUGCUUGGCAAACCAUCGACAUUCAUUGAGGCAUGAGUUCUAGACUAGAUUCUGGCCUUGUAAGUUGCAAGCUCUGAAUUCUGAAUUUGUUGUAUUUUUUGUUCUCUUUUUUAGGAUAGUGUGUAAAUUACAGUAAAAGUCCCAAUCAAGCUUUGGAUUGAAAGGUUGUGGUGAAUCAGAAUGGAGCGGACCCCCACCACUGACUAAGUGAACCAGCAGUCUAAAGAUGUCUCGCUUCCAGUAUGACAACGACUUUGAGUUGGACCAGGAUGGGAUCCUCAGGGAGAAGAAGGAUGGAGGAAUAGUUCUCGAUGAUAAUGGCAUCCUCCGUGACGACAAUGACCUCCCUCUAACUCCCCCGCCAACACAAGCAGACUCUGGUAUCGAGGCGAACCGCCAGUCGCAAGAAGGCAAGCUUUCGGACCCAUUCUAUUCCAAGCCGUACGUCAACGAUCAUCGUGGUCUCUCUCUUGACUCACACCCGCCUGAUGAGAAGAGUUUGAACAUCAGUGAUUUCGAUGCUUCCAUAAAGGAGGAUUUAUCCUAUAUUGGAGAGAUUCAAGGAGGAGGAUCAAGUCGUGGCAGUUCACAACCUCCUUCUCAGGCCAAUAAUACUCAAGAGGACGACAUCGAUAAGUUAGACGUACCGAACGGCAGCAGUUCACAAUCACAGGAGACCUUAAACUACAACUGGGAUAAAAAGAGAAUCUCUUUGGGUAGUGUUUUGACAAAUUUUGACGAUGAUUACCCUGUGCCGAAUAAUACUCAAGAAUUGGCAACUCAGGAUCAGACCCCAGAAGAUGACAUCAAAGAACCCGAUGUUUUAAGCCUUGACGUUGAGGUGCCUGAUUUUCCUGGGCAGGGUACGGACUUUGUUGACCAGGCAGCGGAGAGAUUACGUGUCUUCUUUGAUGAGGAGAAGCCUCAGGGUGUUGUGUCUGCUCAGCCAAAACCAGUUCGAGGAUCCCCAGCAGUUCGAGGAUCGCCAACAGUUAGGGGAUCGCCAACAGUUCAAGGAUUGCCAGCAGUUCGGGGAUCGCCAUCAGUUGGAAGAUCACCCAACGGAGAAAACAAUCAAAAUACAAAGAAAAUGGCGUAUGAUCAAAAUGGUGCAAAUGGUUACAGUGCGAACAGUCACAGCCGCGACACGAUGGAUUACGGGUUAGAUGAGGUAGAUAAUCCACGAGGGGCUGAAGGGUAUGAUCCCGACUUUGAAGAAGGGAGUGAUGGGGCUCAUGAGGUACCUGAUAACGUCCCAGAGACUGGGCGCUACAGUAGCCAAGGGGAAGACAUGACACGACCAAUGCUGCGUGGUACCAUGGAAUCAGGCUUCGUGGGUAGUAUGGAGAUGCUGAACACCUCUACAGAGGAUGCAUCACAUUCGGAACCGACGUAUGAACUCACGGCCAGCCAUGAAGAUUAUGACCGUGACGCUGACAUCUCUGAGGAACAGGUCACACAUCCGCUCUCUGAGGUCAGUUUCUCCCGCUCGCCCUUUCAAGGUGAGCAUGAUAAUACCAACUCAAGUGAACUUCAGCUGCAAAGUGACAUUCAGGCUCACCUUGACCUUCAACUCGAGCAUGACCUUCAGAGUGACCUUGAUAAUCAAGACGGAAUUGAAGGCGAACCGCCAAUUCCAAGUAUAUAUUUAGUGGGGGAUCAGGGUGAUAGUGAUGACCAGUACCAGUUCAAAGAAGUCGAUGCGAAAUCUGAGACGAAUACUAUCGAUAUGUCAGAGGAAGUCCAAGACAUGGAUGAUAUACUCAACGAGGAGAUGCCAGUUUUUACCGGAGCCUCGAUUCCGUUUACGGAGAGCCAGGAUGAUCCCACGUCACAGGAGAAGGAUAAAACUGAUCAGUCUGAUCUGUCUUGUUUGUUUGAUGAUGACUACCCUGCUAGUGACAUCCCACAUUCCCUGAUUGAGUUUGAAGCGCUGGAGGUUCAGAUGCGCAUCGCCUCUCAGAUGGAGAAAAUGCACGAACAGGAUGAAGACGUCUUUGGGGAAUUCUUACAAAAAACUGAACAAAGUGAAUCAAAUCAGACCCUGACUGAACAUGAGGAUGCCAGGAGUCAGCGGAGUUCUGGUGGAACGGGGACACCAAUUUUCCACACGGGAGAUUCCUUGCAGUUUGACACUUUAGACUCAUCUAUGCUCAAUGAUACGUACAGAACAGGGAGUCCACGAUCUGGGAAACACAGUGGUGGGAGUACUGGACCCGGAACUGGUAAUGCUACACCAAGUAAAAUACCAGGCCUGAAACGUGGGUCCCCAGCCCAUACACCAAGAAAGACUUCUCGUAAUUCUACACCGCAGGGUUCACGCAGUGGUACCCCAACUAGGACUAGGAUACCUUCCCCUGGUCCCAGUGGAGGUAGGCCAAGGAACCCACCGACUAGUUCGGAAGUAUCAAAAUCCAUUAAGAAAAAAGGCCUGGUGCCUGCAGAUGUUGAGAAACAAAACUAUAAGAUUCGCAAGGAGUUGAAUAAAGAAAAAAGGCGACAACAGCCUGUCCGUCCGGAAUACACAGUGCCAAAUUUGAACUUAGCUGACACGGCUUCACUGGAUGAAUUCAGUGCCGAUUCUGAUGCUGAGAAAACGAAAGAGGAUCUCAAAACAAGGCUCCGUACGGAGAAUCGGAAGCGCUCGCAACAGGGAGAGGUGAUCGAACAGUUACAGCACAAUUAUGAUCGUCUUUUGACAAAGUACGCCCUUGCGGAGGUCACCAUAGAUCAGCUCAGGCUCGGGGCGAAGAUGAAUCUCUAUUCUGAUUCGCCGACGCCAAUGCAGGCAUCCAUGAUGAGUUUGCCGGGAGCAUCACAGAUGCAGACGAUCAACAUGGCAACCAAGAAUCAAGGAUUGAGGGCGAGGAUUGCCUCUGCUGACUUUGUUGCUACUGGAAGUCGUCCCACCUCUCAGCCCAGCUAUGGUGUCUCCUACAGCAACCAGUACACUCCCCUCAGCUUCCAGGAUGGAGACUUUGAGGAGCCAGCACAGUUUAUUGGUGACCCGGCCGAUAUCAGCGACAUGGAAGCAACCACUGGGGAAUCGCUCAAAGUCGGGCUGUUGUUCCAGGCGAAGAGUCUGGGGGAUCAGAUUGAGUCUUUCCAAAUGUUACUGGAGGAAGAUGAGUUAUCCGUCGAGGAGCAAGAGCGUGUCUUUGAGAAGAUUAGGAUGGAUUAUGAUAAGCUGCAGGUGGAUUACCAGCAGGCCAAGGACGACAGCGUCUUGAUGAAGCAGCACAACCUCAUUGAUGACGGAAGUGGAGAACCUUUUGAUAAUGAGCGGCUAAUUGAGGGUGAACUGUUCCGUCUUGGUAUGAAGUUGGAUAACCUUCACGGCAAGGUUGAGGACAACCUAAAGCUUGCCAAGCGACGUACCCCAUUCCAGGAUUUAGCCCGACCCCUGUCGCAAUUGAAGAAGGGGUCGCGUGGAAGUGGUUUGAAUCUUCCUGACUUCGCGUCCCUUGGGAGGAGGGGGAGAGGAGUGGAUACAUCAUCUUCACCAGUAAUGGAAGACAUCCAGGAUGAAGACCUCACGAAUCCAAAAUGGCAGAAACUGCAGAGGGAUUACGGAAGUUUGCUGGGUCUUUACGAUCGACUGAAGAAGUUACCCAAGACGCCUGAGAGGGACAAGGAUGUCGAUGCGCUCAUGAAGAAACUCCGCCACCUUUACAACCAAGCGCCUGAUCCAAGUUUAUUGAACGGCCUACCAUCGCCGGAGAAUGAGGGUGUCGAUGGUGUUGACAGUGAGAAUGAUUUGCAGACAUUGUUGACCAAGUCGGAGUCGACUAUUUACCCGAAAGACACGUACAGGAGUCAUGAGAGUAUUCCGACUCAUAGACGUGAUGAGACAACUCCAGAGAUAGAGAUCCCCACCCAAAAUCUCGUCCGGGGUGAGCAGCUAUAUCCACCAAAACAACAGUAUCCACCAAAGCAACAAUUCAAACAAAACCAACAGCAAUUCAAACAAAUCAAGACCAGCCCAGAAAACUCCGGCCCUGAAUCGCAGAGCUCAGGGAACAAAAGAUCGCAAGCAAAGAAUGCAAGACAAGGACCUGGGUCGCAUAGUGUCACAAGUUUCCCCGAUAGCUAUAAUUCGAAUCAGCAUGAAUCCAAGGUUCACCCGAACUAUGUGAGGCCAGGGGAUACCGACAGCGGGUUUAUAGGUUCUGAAAGCAGUAGAAAAUCAGCCCAGCAGCAGUCUAUUCAUAAACAGAGGGAACAGCAAAGGUUGAAUGACCCCAAGACUAAACUAGGCAGCUACCCUGAGGAUACUGUUGCAUCCUCCAUCCCUCCCUACAUCCCUCGGGCAGGACCCCCGCAGCAGCAGUGGACCGACAGUGAGCUCUCCUCCGCCCCCAUCGACCGCAGGAGCCGCCAACCCCCCAGCCGCAACACCAAGCGGUCUAUGUCAUCAUUGACCUCAGAUGCAGGAACUCGACAGCGCACUAGGUCAUCAAAACGGGGAGAGAGUCCACAUCAGAAGCGGACGACACCAAAACAAGUGAAAGAGAGUGCUACUGAAUCGGAACUUGAGACAGCACGAUCUGUGAAAAGUGAGAAGAUACGGCAGCUAGAGGAUACUGUGACUCAGAUGAAAGAGGAGUUACAGAGACAGAAACAGCAGCCUGUCCAGCCUCAAGCUCAACACUGGCAGAUGGCGCAGCAUCCAUAUCCUUGGUCAAAUAUGUACCGGCAGAACCAAACUGCACCACAAGAGAUGCAGUCUAGUGCCUACCCAGGUAUAUAUCCUGGCUACCCUAACGCCCACACUGAAAUGAACCGUCCAAAAUCAUUCUGGCAGGACCAGGACCAGUACUCUGAGAAGGAGACUCACCGAUCAUCGUACGAAGAGUCGGAUGUGCCUACGAUAUCGGAAGCAAAAGAACGCCAUCGGCCAAGGAGACGGCACUCAUUUUCGGAAUUGGAUAAACCACGCCAUAGAGGAACGAGAGAGGACCUUGCGCGCCCUGCUCAACAAAAGUAUAUAACAUCUGAAUCUGCCAAGCGUGCAGAGUUGCGCAACUUCCAUCCUAGGGAGCGAGACUUUGACUAUUUAAAACGACCGAAAUAUGCUUCAGAUGAGGUGGUCAUCAGUAAACCGGGUAGACCUGUGCGCGUGUUUGCAUCUCCUAAGGAUUAUUCGAGGUCACAGGAACGGGCGGAGUUAGACGAUGCCCGGAAUCGGCAGAUUUCUGAAUAUUUGUCACAAAAGGAUCGACAGAGAGAAAGACAGGAGCAGGAGUAUGGUGGGCAGGGGCGCCAACAGAGAGACUUUGACCGACGCGAUGCCUCGCCGUCAAGGCGGUUGCCGGUCACAGACAAUGACACUGUCGAUUAUGGUUACGGAGAAAAGUACACUACGCAGGCUCCAGAGGCAGAGAAUCAUUAUCAUUACUUGAGUGACCUUGAUCAUGAUAAGGAGAGGAUUGAUCGAAUGGUAUUCGAAGCGCAAAAACGUGUCCAAAAGCAGGAAAAGCGACGCAUUGAGAAAGAGAAAAAGGGGAAGAAGAAGCUUCCACAGUCAACAGAACAAGUGAUUGCACCUGGGGUCAUUGCUAGAACCUUGAAGUCACCUUGUCCUGCUUGUUGGGGCGAGGGCCAGCAGACGCAUACAGAGAUACAGUACCAGUCACCACCGCAGAUGUACGGAUACGCACCAUCGCCUGUGAUGGGACAGCCAGCGUAUGCUCCAUCGCCUGUGAUGGGGCAGCCAGCCUAUGCUGCAUCACCAGUCAUGGGGCAGCCCGCCUAUGCUGCAUCACCUGUAAUGGGCCAGUCUGCUCCUGCGUACGCCCAGCCUGGUCCUGUCAUGUUCACACAACAGAUCAGUCCACCACAAGUCUCCUACAUCCAGCCAGCAUAUGGAGCAGCAGUUAAUGUGCCUUAUGCCCAACAGGUGGCACCAGCUCAGAUGACCAGUACACCUGCACAUGCACAACCGGCUGAAGAAAAGGACACAAGCCCAAUACUAAAAGUGCCCCUCAGAGUCUACACAAGUGACAACAAUGUCAAAUACUACGUACGGGAAUACAGUGAUGGCAGGUCCACGCCCACUAGGGGGCGCUCCAACGAGAAAUCUUCCUCACUCAGAAGAAGCAACAGCCUACCUCGCAAGCCACGCAAAAAAUUAGUGCCACUUUUCACGGACGACGAGAGUAUAGGGUUAACGACUGACCGAGAUGACCAUCAUCGCCAUAAGACGGACCCUCGCUUCAAAAACAGCCUCAGUGAUGCUGUGAAAGCUGCUGCUCAACUGCAAAAGUUAUCCAAGAAAAUGCGGAACGAUGUGAAAAAUGAUUUAAAACGAUCAAUUCGUUCCAAUCAGGAAUGGACAUAAAAACUUUUGUACAAAUAUUUCGUGAUAACAGAUGUGUAGGAUGGCUCAUGGGUAUUCAACAGAAAACAAAUCAUGACCAGACUGUAAACAGUUGAAGAAAGUUUCAACUGUUCUGUGGCAGGCACUCUCACUCUGUCCCACCUUGAUAUCUGUGCCUGUCUUCUGGAUUGGGCUACAGGGUUGAGUUGUGUAAUGCAAUGAUUCAUCUGUGCAUUGUGGAUAGAAAUAAGCUUGUAAACUAUUCUGAUUCAACUGAGCAUAAAGAGUAGAGGAGGUCAUUUAUAUUAAGAGCUGAAUGUACAAGUGUUUGGAAAUGUGCUAUACAUGUCGAUAUUACGAAUUGUUUGAAUUUAAGGCAGCAUUAUACUAAAAAUAUGAUCAAGAGAACAAUGAACUUCAAAGGCACAAGCUGCAUAUCAACAAUAGGUAUCAUCAAGCGUAGAUUGAGAGAAAUCUAAGUUUGCUAUCAUGAAUGGUAUCAGUAUAUGGUAUGGUAUAGCUAAUGGUGUAUUAUAUCAGUUUAAUGCAAAAUCACCAAAAUGCCAAAAUCCUGAAUAAGGAGUUUGUAUCAACAAUCCAAAGAUACUUCUUAAUACCCUGGCAUUUUUCCAGUUGGUACAUGUAUGUAACAUCAAGAAAUUAUCAGAAAGAACUAGCCAUCCAGGUCUUUAUGCAAUUAUUAUCCGUCCGUAGAGUAGAAUUUGAACCAAUCAUGUGAUCUGGAUGUGCUGGUUCGUACAGGGUGUAUCAAAAUGCAUCCAAAGGCCCAGUUUUGACCUCGGUGUUGAAAGGUUAUGUAGAUAUUAGAUUUCUAGUUGAUUUUUCGAAAUUUUUCUGAAUGAGUAAGUAUUUAGCAUAAUCUUUUUUAAGUAGUGUUAUCAUACAGAAUGGUAUAUGUAUCUGUAUAGGCAAUACAUUUGAAUGUAAAUGUGGCAGCAUUGCACAUAGUUUGAUGCAAAAUAGAAACAUAUGGUUAUGAUCAAAUUGAAAUAUCUCUUACUUAUACCAAGAACAGAUUUUCCUUCUUUUUCUGUUCUGGCUUCUGUACAUGUAGGUUAUUUAGAAACUUUACCAAGACCACUAUUGUUGGAUCUGUUGUGAGAGAGAAAUUUUCGAUCGUGAUUUGAUCUUGUCACAGAUUUUACAAUGUAAAUAGCAGUUUUGUUAAUUGGCAUCAUUUAUACAACAAUUUGUACAUUUAUUGUAUAUUUUAGAACGAUGAAAAUAAUUUGA